AUGUUUAGAACAACAAAUGAUCGUCGUGUUAUUUUCGAUCAUUCAAAAUUACUUUCAAAUUGGUUAAAAUCAGUCGAAGAAUUUAUUCAUGAAAGAGCAAUUAAAGAUGCACCAGAAUUACGUAAAGCACAAUUAAAUGCUGCAAUAUCAAUCCAAAAACAAUUAAAUAAGGAAGAGAAAAAACAACAAAAGGAUGAUGAUUGGGAAAUAGAAAAGCCAUCAAAAGGAGGGAAAGGGGCUAAUAAAAAGAAUCGUUCAGGUGGAGGUUCUUCUCAUCAGACUUCGAGCCGUUCUAGCAAACAAAAAACGGCAACGGAAAGCAACAUUUCUAAUAAAGAUUUACUUUCUUGUGCUUCACCAUUUACUUCUGAUGAAUUAUUUACCGAAUUAGAACGUUGUCAUUCUUCGAGCGAUUUUCAAAUUCCUGAUACUCUUCGUGAAGAAAUAGCUGAUGAUUUUAUUGCUGAAGUUAAUAAUUUAUAUAGACGUUUUGUUACUGAAAUAUGGGAACAACAAUUACAUCAAACAACAGCUGAAGAACAACAAGCACAACGUCAAGCAUUUGAACAACGUUUAAAUAAAAUUUCGGAUGAAUAUACAGCUAUUUGCCUUUUUGAAAAAGGAGCUGAUUAUUUUGAAGAGGGUAAAAAAUUUUUAAAUCAGGGCUCUCUUAAAUAUAUUUUUAAAGCAAUUUGUACUUUUUUCGGGUUUCCUAACUAUGAUUUUGCACGUGGGCUACAAACUAUCUCUAUGAGUCUUAGAAAUUUUGAAAUAUAA